AUGACGGGACUUCGACGUUCAUCAAACGCAAGUGGUCAAUUGUGUCGUUGCAACAAAUUUUGUCACAUUGCUAAAUUGAUUUUACUUACAGUUAUUUUUGAAUCGUUGGAUGGCAGACAGUCUUCAAAGUCACUUCAGACUCAGAGCUUAUCUUGUCAGUCAAACAUCAAAACGGAACCACUGUCACCGAAAUCAAACACAAUCUUGACCGAAGUUUCGACUCAUGAACAUCUUGGUGGCACAAAAUCAAAUAAUGUCAUCGUGACUAAUAAUAUAUACAACAUGAACAAAAUACACUUAAAGUCUUUUAAGAGCUGUGAAUUUGAAUCUGAAAACAAUGGAAAUAAUCUGGAAAAAUUUGAAAAAAACUGUUCUAGCAGCAUUGCUCGUGAUACCAAUACAGAGAAAAUAUACAAAAGCAGUUUUAAAGAUUGUUGA